GAGUUCACUUCAGUAACCCCUGGAGGGCCGAUUAAAGAGGAAUCUGUUUGUUUCUCAUGUGUGUGUGUGUUUUUUUGAAAUUUUCUGAUAACCUUUUUGGUGUUUAUCGGCAAAUGAAUAUUCAUCGUCGUGUGUGAAAUCCUCAUUUUCUAUUACGUUAAAAGACACGCAUAUGAAAAAGGGGCGCGUGACCAUCCAAAUAACUCUCUUGUGGUCACGUGACCUCUCUCGAUAGACGCACAAGUGUCGGCUCCGGUCGAGUCGCGAGUUCCAGGUCGUCGUAUAGUGGUGUUUUAGUGUCGGUAGAACGUGUGUGCUCAAAGCAAAGUGAUAAAACUUAAUUAAUAAUUGAAAAUUAAACUUGGAUCAUGAUUUCUCCUGUGUUUUAUUCGUACGUGUACUCUUAAGAUUCAGUGUGUUACAAAAAUCAUCGACAAGUGAAAAAAUUGUUGUGACAAGUGUGAAAAAAUUGCGGUAGAAAAUUCUUUGGAGAAUGUUUUUCUUGUGUAAGAUGUGGGACGCAACGAUAGACGUCGCACGAAGACAAAAUGGGGCCUGUUAAUCAGGCCCGGAAGAAAGCUGGGGUCCGAUCCGCGGAGGUAUGGAUGUCAUCAGUGAUGGGGACGAGCAAACCCUCCAGGCAAUUCUCGGACGAGGCGAUUUUGUUGGAGGAAUAGACAAUGAGGCGUUGGAUUUCUCACAAUUGGAAGAUUUCAUCAAUAGCGAUAGUGAGCAACCGGCAACAUAUUUUGCUGAUACCCUUGCUCACAAUGAGGACGGUGGACCAAACAAUCAUGGAAAUCGCGUGGAAACAUCAAACAACCAACAACCACCUGCAAGGUUACCAACACCGAUAACGCAAAAUCAUUCGGUUCCAACAACAUGCACUUCCGGUACCACUCCUGUGCCUUCCGGUACUAUUUAUAAGGAUCCUCAAACAUACGUUCAUCCUCAUUCAUUACCAGAAAGUCCGCCAGACAGUGGUAGUGAGCCUCCUUACUCUCCACCCGGACAUCACGACUCUCAACAUGUACAUUCACCGCAUCAAAAGGCAUCUUUACAAGAAAUCCUUCUUCAUCAUCAAGGGAACACAUCGAAUUACACGUCUGGUUUGUUGCCAUCGUCACCAAGAACACUGGCACCAGUUUCAGAUCCGCUUUUACUGACCCAUCCAGUUUUGACGCCUCUUUUGACGCCAAAUACAUUGACUCUUUCAAAUCAACAACAGCAACAACAACAACAACAAUUGGGAACACCUUUGGUACCAUUACCUCAUGAACAUAGUCCCAAUAAUACUGGUAUCACUACUUUGUAUUCGUCACUUCAAUCGGCACCCAAAAAAAGAAAACUCAGCCAAGAUGGUCUCGUACACGUCAAACAAGAACCAGAAUUGGGAACGGUGGAAAGAAGUUGCAGUAGUAAUAGUACAGUGCUUGAAGGCGAUGAAGUUACAGGCGAUAGUAAUUACAUUGAUGCGAGUUAUCAAUGCAUUCGUUUUCAUCCUUUUCAACAAACUUCUUGGCAUGCUCUCUGUGAUCACAAUCUUAAAGAACUCCCUGUUCCGCAUUAUCGUGUUGACGCUGAUAAGGGAUUUAAUUUUAGUAAUUCUGAUGAUGCCUUCGUUUGUCAGAAGAAAAAUCAUUUUCAAAUUACUUGCCACGCGCAGCUUCAAGGAGAGGCUGUAUUCGUCAGAACCAGUGAGGGUCUCAAAAAGAUUAGCAGUUUUCAGCUUCAUUUUUAUGGCGUCAAAGUUGAAUCUCCAACGCAAACAAUUCGAGUCGAACAAAGUCAAAGUGACAGGAGCAAAAAACCAUUUCAUCCUGUGGUAGCUGGUUUCAGGGUGGAAUUGGGUGGCGAACGCGUCACCAAAGUGACGGUUGGUCGUUUACAUUUUAGCGAAACGACAAGUAAUAAUAUGCGUAAAAAAGGUAAACCAAAUCCAGAUCAACGUUAUUUUCAUUUGGUCGUUGGAUUACAUGCGCAUACGGCUGAUCAGGCGAGUUAUCAAGUUGUUGCUCACGCAUCGGAGAGAAUAAUUGUCAGGGCGAGUAAUCCGGGACAAUUUGAAUCGGAAGGAACUGGCGUUGGAGUUGAGGGUGGAUGGCAACGUGGAGCAGCUCCCGAUAGUGUUUAUCAUGCAGGACGAGUUGGAAUCAAUACAGAUCGACCCGAUGAAGCUUUAGUCGUUCAUGGAAAUAUGAAGGUAACGGGACAUAUUGUCCAACCAAGUGACGCGAGAGCAAAGCAAAAUGUUCAAGAGCUUGAUACACGUGAACAAUUAAGAAAUGUUCAACAAUUGCGAGUUGUACGUUAUCGUUAUGCGCCGGAAUUUGCCCUUCAUUCGGGACUUGGUGUAAAAUCACAGGAGGACACUGGUGUAAUUGCACAGGAAGUGCAGCAAAUUUUACCAGAAGCUGUUUUGCCAGCUGGUGAUAUUGUUCUUCCAAAUGGACAGAGAAUUGAAAAUUUUCUUGUUGUCAAUAAGGAGAGAAUUUUUAUGGAAAAUGUCGGUGCUGUUAAAGAAUUGUGUAAAGUCACUGACAGUUUGGAAACACGAAUCGAUCAAUUGGAGAGAAUUAAUAAACGAUUGGCAAAAUUAAAAAGAGGUGAUAGUCUCAAGAGUUCAAUUAGUACAGUAUCUAGUAUAGCAAGUAGUAAAUAUUCGUCGCCAAUUAAUGCAAAGUCAUCGUUACCAAAAUCAAAACGCUUUGAAAAAGAUGAGGAACUUCUUUGCAGUAAUAAAUUCAUACAGAUUAUCAUUGUUAUUCUUAUUCUCAUCAUGGCAUUUUGUCUCGUGGCGAUGGCGACUUUGUAUUUUCUGGAAUUUCAAAAACGUAGUAGUUUAGAAUGGUCAGCAGUGGCGAGUGGUGGAAUUUUGGCAAUAGCGCCAGCUCACAUACCAAGUUCACAAUCAACGCCUGAUUAUGAAUCGCGUUUCAAUCCACUUUUGUACAGUACACCAUCGCCUUACACGAGGCAUGGGACAUUUACGAGAGGAGUCGAUGGUCAUACAUUAUUGAAAAAUGCCCUUUCCACUCAAUCACCAAAUACAAAACAACAAUUGUAUUCACAAGAAAUUACUUGGUAUCCCGUUGGAUAUUCGGGUUCACAAAAUAAACAUGACAAAAAUAGUGAAUUUCCAAAUAAUUGGCUUGGUAAAAAUGUCGCUGGUGCUGUUCCUAGUCAUGUUGAUGAAAAUGAUCAAAGUUCAGAUAUUGAUGCUCCACCGACGAAUAAGGGACCAGUUCCUUUAGGAAGACCCGCCGAUUGUCCUGUUCAUUUUACUGAACUCGAAAGUCCUUGUCAGAUUUAUUGCUGCACUGCUGAAAUUCAUCAACUUGAAGAAGCGCGUCCUGAUCAUCCACCUGAGAAAAAAUCCAUUUCUGAUCAUUUGGAGCAACCUGUUAGUAUUCAUGAGGAGAAGAGAAAGCUCAGUAAAGGUUUACAGAAUGGAAUAAGUCCAUCUGAUCCCAGUACACAGACUCUCGUGAAAGAGAACAAUUAUAAAUAUCUUCACAAGAGAUCAAGAAGAGAAGCUGGAAGUGGUGGCGAUUGGGGAGAAGUUGCAAGUAAUGCCUUACCACACGAACCAAAACCACAAUUACAUAUUGUUGCAAAAAGUUUUAAUGCAUCUCUCGAUCAACGAUAUUGUUCAUCAACAUCAUCGAAUACGGCAAAUAAUAUAAGUUGCAUUGUUCCACUUUCGAAACAUAUGCCAGAUACUCAUCUCACGUUACAUUUUGUAGGAAUGCCGUGGUAUUGGCAAAUUGUUCAACAAUGUCCAAUGCCAUCGAAUGCAGCUGUUGAUGAAGCGAUGGUUUGUGGAUGGAGUUAUUCGAUGCAACAUCAAACGCAAUAUACUGAAAAUACUAAUCAACCUGGGGAUCAAGCAUUUUCACUGGAUGUUGCUCAUUAUUUAAGAAAGACACUCAGGUUCCGAGUGCCCACUGUUCAGCCUCAAGAUAAUAUUUGCAAAAAUAGACAUGGAAGUGACUAUUUGGAAUUUACAUUACAUUUUUAUCGAGAUUGUGACGAGUGAAUUAUUUUUUUUUCCUUUUUUUUUUGCGCAAGAACAAAUAAAUUAUUCAGUGAAUAAUUAAAAAAUCAGAAUUUUUGGAAUGGUGCCUCACACAAUUCAGAGAUAUUUUAUUCUUAAGUGCAAAGCACAAAAUAUUGAUCUGAAAAAUCUGCAUGAACCUCGUAUUAAUUUUUGUACAGAAUUUAUGAUAAGAAGUGCUUUAAACAGGGGGGAGGGGGGCAAGAAAGUGGAAAAAAAAGCACCAGUCAAUGGGUGCUGUUCUUAUUUAAAAUGUUAAAUUUAAUUGUAGAAAAUAGUCUUAUUUACGGUGCAGAAUUAAAAAAAUAA